AUGAGCCAGAUGCCCUCUCUACAUGAAGCCAAGCCGGCCGGCAGAGAAGGCCUCUCGCUUGAACACUCUGCCCAUGAGUAUCAAGUGCUUAUGCAAGAUGGCCAUCUCAGCAGUGAGGACCUUGUGAAUUACUUUCUAGACCAGAUCGAGCGGCACAAUGAUCUCGGGCUGAAGCUCAAAGCUAUCCUGUCCGUAUGCCCCCGUGACCUGGCCAUCUCACAGGCGAAAGUGCUCGACGAGGAGCGCAGGCAGGGAAAGGUCAGGAGUGACCUGCAUGGGAUUCCAAUUGUCGUCAAGGACUGCCUUGUCACAGCACCCUCGCUGGGCAUGGUCUCUUCGGCAGGCUCAAGUGCCAUUGCAUCUCUCCAAGCCACUCGGAAUGCAAGCCUAGUCGACAGACUUCUCGAGGCAGGAAUGAUAGUCUUGGGUAAAGGCAAUCUUACCGAGUUCUGUGGCCUCAAAUCUGACAACACUCCGAUGGGAUGGAGUGCAUACGGAGGCCAGACAUUGUCUCCGUACAGACGGGAAGACCUCCCUGAGAAAGACCAGCCUAUAUGCGGAGGCUCGUCUUGCGGACCCGCGGUCUCCAUCACAGCAGGUUUUUCACCCCUGGGCAUUGGCACCGAAACAGGCGGCUCAAAUGUCUUCCCCGCCAGUCUCGGCGGGCUCUACGGCCUGACUUUGCCACAUGGCUCCGUUCCGAUAGACGGCGUGUGUAGGAUUAGCGAGACGUUCGAUCGCGUCGGACAAAUGGCCCGAGACCCGCGUGACCUAGCCUCGGUAGCUAAGAUCUUGGUCAAGUCGGAUGAACACCUCACAGAGCGCCUUGAAGAUGAAGAUACGCCACCUGAGGGCCUUUGGAGGGGGCUUUCUAUUGGCGUCUUGGACAGUGAAUGGGGGACAGACCCGGGCUCCAAGUGGAAAUGGGGCUCAGUGGAAGUGAAAGACAAAUACGCCUCGGUUGUGCGGAAUAUGGAGGCUUUGGGUGCUCGAGUGGUGUUUCCCCUGGCAAAUGCAUCUGACCCUGAAAGACUGAAAUAUGAGGGCGAGACUCUCCACAGUGUUGCCUAUCACGAAUUCUCUGAAGUUCUUGAGGAUUUCAUCUCGACCAACUUCGAGUCUGACGCCAAGAUCACCAACCUAGCUGACUUGAUCGCCUGGAAUGAGGAGCACGCUGCUCAAGCAUUACCUGGACAGUUCAGCACGCAAACGGAGCUCAUUAAAUGCCGUGACGAUGCCAUGACCAAGGAAAAGCAUGAUGCAGCCGCGGCAGCCCUGCGCCGGCUCGCUCGAGAGGAGGGCAUGGCACAGCUCAUGCGCGACCAAGAUCUUGACAUCGUCCUGUCCUCCUCGGACGCAACGCUCAUCUCAUUUUCGGCUUGCGCAGGAUGGCCUGUGGCUACAGUCCCGGUGGGCAACUUGACCAAGAACGGCCAGCCCUGGGGCUUUUUUGCCUUGGCGAGGGAUGGGAGCGUUGACGUGCUUUUGCGAUUCAUGAAGGCAUUUCACGGAUCUUUUGCUCGCGUAAAAGGCCCGACGACGCCUUUUGAGUAG